CUGUUAAUAGGAUCUGUUUUUACACUAAAAGUUCAAGUAAAUGACAUCAUCAGUCAUCAGUACCUGCGACAAGCGGUUGUAGAAGUGUUUGUUAACUACACGAAGACAAAUUCUACUCUUACUGGAAACAAUGGAGCGGUAUUAAUAAAAGUUCCCUUCAAAUUAGGAUUAAGUUUAACUAUUGUAUCGUACAAGGAUGGCUACAUGUUAACACCUUUGCCUUGGAAGACUGGGAGAAUGCCAAUAUACUCAUCUGUGACGCUUUCAUUAUUCCCACAAAGUCAAGCUAAUAUAUGGCUAUUUGAAGAUACUGUCUUAAUUACUGGAAAACUGUCUGAUGCAAAAUCUCAACCAAGCGUUCAGUUUCCAAAAUUUUUAAUAAAGCUUCCAACAAAUCACCAUAUUACAAAUGUUACAGCCUAUCUGACAGUGCCAGAACAAUUUUUGAAAGUAGACAGCUUUCUCUAUACAACAGGGAUUCUUCUAAAUAAAUCAGGUUUCAAAAGCAUGGAAUUAGCUCCUCUUGCUGCAAUAUGUGUAAGUGUUCUUUUGACUGGGAAAGAACUGAAAGUAAAUGGUCCCAUUCAGAUUACUCUUCCUCUUCCCACAAGUACUGUAAAAUCAGGAGAUGCUAUACCUGCAUGGACAUUCGAUAUGAAAUCUGGUGCUUGGGUAAGCCGUGGGCUAGGAAUGGUGAAGGAAGCAGAUGGUCAAUUAGUAUGGACAUACACUGCUCAACACUUAGGCUACUGGAUAGCAGCCCCACUGCCUGGAACAAGAGAAUCUAUUAUUAGUGCGGUUUCCAAGGACAUAACAGCCUAUCACACAGUGUUCCUUACAGCCAUACUGGGAGGUACUGUUGUCAUAAUAAUUGGAUUUUUUGCUGUUCUUCUUUGUUACUGCAGGGAUAAAUGUGGUCGGACACAAAAGAAGGAAAAAAGUACAACUAAGCUGGAGGUCAUAAAAAAAGACCAGACAACAUCAACAACUCAGAUAAAUCACAUCAGUGCUGUCAAAGGGUCUUUAAAGUUGGAUGAUAAGUCACAGUUAUAUACACCGAAGAUUUCUUCAUACAGCCCUCAAAGAAGGCUGUCCAUAAACAUGGAAGAUGGAAAAUCACGAGACAAUUUUAAAAUAUACACAGAGGAUGCUUCUUAUCAGUCAUCCUGUCAGACUGGUCAGUCAAGAAAUUCAGCCCAUUCACUUGAGCCUAAUGCUGGAGUUAGGCGCUUACAGCAGCCAAAGCAUAGUAACACUGCUGUUUCCCAGGUUCCUCGGGACAUUCAAGACCAAACCCGAUACCUUUCACUGAAAGAGGAGAUGUAUGGGCUUUCCCAUAUCCCAGAACAUCUAAUGCAUAUUUACAAUCAACCUAUUACUAUUCUUCAAACGUCUGACCUUUUCCACUCCCCGGAACAAUUGCAUCCUGCAAAAUCAGCAACUUUGCCAAGAAAAGGGCAGUUAGUAUAUAGCCCUGUGAUGGAACCCAUGAAUCGCGACAAUUACAUGCAGACAUUACCAAAAAUGCCAGUGCACUCUCAUGCCCAGCCUUCUGUCUGCAGAGAUGAAAAUACUACAUUAGAUAGUGAAGAGGGCUUACCUUCCCAAACGUCAAACUGGGGUCGGUACACUAACAGCUUACUGGAAUCUGUCUCUGUUCCUGGGACAUUGAAUGAAGCAGUUGUAAUGACUCCGUUUUCAUCUGAACUUCAAGGUAUUUCAGAACAAACAUUAUUGGAACUCUCUAAAGGAAAACCAUGUCCACACCCUCGAGCAUGGUUUGUUUCCCUGGACGGAAAGCCAAUCGCUCAAGUGAGGCACUCUUUCAUAGAUCUGAAAAAAGGCAGAAAAACAGAGAGUAACGAUACCAGUCUGGACUCUGGUGUGGACAUGAAUGAGCAUCAUCCUAGUAGGAAACUGGAGAGAGAGAAAACUUUCAUUAAAAAUAUGCCGCAUUCCAAGAUCCUUUACUUGGAAGAUCUGGAUCUGAGUAGCAGUGAAAGUGGGACCACUGUUUGCACUCCAGAGGACCAGGCUGUGAGGCACAGUCUGGAUGCAGGUACUGGGCCAGUCAUAGAACAGCAUGAUGAAGAAGGUCUAAGAAGAAAAACUGUAUCAGGAAGUCAUGAAUCUGGUACCCCUUCUGCUAAAAAAAGGGAUAGACCACCUAUCACGAAAAGAGAUAGCAAAACCAAUAUCUGGAAGAAAAGAGAGGAGAGGCCGCUUAUUCCUAUAAAUUAAAACACAAUGUGCUUUGUGUUGUUGCUCUCCCUGCUGAUUAUUGCCCUCUUGGCUGCUUGUGUAAUUCUGCAGUGUUGGGUUUACAAGGGGAAUGUUGUUUUCUAGUAUCAAGAAACAUUUUUU